CCAUUAGGCAGCAGCUGCGGCUCGCUGCCCACUUGACACCUGGUGAAAAUGGUAGUUUCAGAGAGAGAGAAAUAUUUAAAGUGACACCUGUCACUGAAACAUUUGGGGCAGAAUUUUCAAGGGGUGGCUAGAACUAAUGAUGGUAAAAAGAAAGGCCGAGGAACUCAGUUAUGUAAGGUAGUCUUUCCAGAUAAAGAUUCUUUUGGAAAUGUCACUCAGCUGCAAAAUGACUCCAGAAUUGAAAAGAAAUUCUUUUUAAAAAUCAUACCGAAGUAAGGAGACAGCAAACCUGGUAGUAAUGAGAAAACCUGCAAAAUAGGAUAUUUAUCAUUUUUCCCCUUCUCUGUUUUCCAUAGACUCUCUAGGUGUCCUUAUUGCUGUUCAUAUAUUGUAAUUUAGUGUAUGCACACAGUUGCUGUGACCCUCCAGGAAUUCAGAAAUCAGAAAUGUCAGGUAGGUAAGAGAGCCAGGAGCAGGAACCCAGAGUAACUUGAGGUUGUGCAGCCACUCUUGUAUUGAUCUGAUGACUCGGAUCUAUCGGAACUGACAUCAGGUCCCGGAGAGGCCAUCCCCCAGCUCCCGGCCCGGGGUGCAGUCUGGGACCCUGCGGCUCUCGGUGCGGUGCGUAGGUGCCCACAGCGUCCUCCAGGCGAACACCUGCGUCCCGCACCCAGUCAACAGGGAAGUGACACCAGACGGAACGCGACGUGAGUCCCCGGGUACCAGGGCUUCUAUCUGCCGUCCUUCUAUCGUGGUUGUGACGUCACGCCCGGGCCCUACCGUUGCCAAGGGACGGCUGCGUUCCGGUUCCGGUCGGUUGCCCCGGAGCGUGGGUACACAGAGCAGUCCGCCGGGGGCCAAGGGGUCGCGGCGAGUGGACCCCACGCACGGCGCCAUGAGCCAGCGCCAGGUGCUGCAAGUGUUCGAGCUGUACCAGAAUGCCCGGACCCGGUUCGUACAGAUGGUGGCAGAGCAGGCGACCAGACCUCAGAACAUCGAGACACUGCAGAAUGCGGGUAUAAUGUCCUUGCUGAGGCCUCUUCUUCUGGAUGUGGUUCCAACGAUUCAACAGACGGCUGCCCUGGCCCUGGGGAGGCUGGCCAACUAUAACGAUGACUUAGCAGAAGCAGUUGUGAAGGGCGACAUUCUUCCACAGCUUGUCUAUUCAUUGGCAGAGCAGAAUUGCGUCUACAAGAAAGCAGCUGCCUUCGUGCUGAGAGCAGUUGGUAAACACUCUCCGCAGCUGGCGCAAGCCACAGUUGACUGUGGCGCCCUGGACUCUCUGGUGAUGUGCUUGGAAGAUUUUGACCCUGGAGUCAAGGAGGCUGCAGCCUGGGCGCUUGCAUAUAUUGCAAGGCAUAAUGCAGAACUGUCACAAGCUGUGGUGGAUGCGGGAGCCGUUCCUCUUUUAGUGCUGUGUAUCCAGGAGCCGGAAACGGCUUUGAAAAGGAUUGCCGCCUCGGCCCUCAGCGAUAUUUCAAAGCAUUCUCCAGAGUUAGCACAGACGGUGGUGGACGUCGGAGCGAUUGCUCACUUAGCCCAGAUGAUCCUCAACCCUGAUGAAAAAUUGAAGCACCAGGUCCUUUCUGCUCUCAGUCACAUUGCAAAGCACUCGGUGGACCUAGCAGAGAUGGUUGUUGAAGCAGAGAUUUUCCCGGUUGUUCUCACCUGUCUGAAGGACAAAGAUGAAUACGUGAAGAAAAAUGCUUGCACUUUAAUUAGAGAGAUCGCUAAGCACACACCCGAGCUUUCACAGCUGAUCGUUAAUGCAGGAGGUGUGGCUGCAGUGAUCGACUGCCUUGAGUCCUGCAAAGGGAACAUACGGCUGCCCGGCAUCAUGAUGCUCGGUUACGUGGCUGCUCAUUCCGAAAACCUGGCAAUGGCAGUGAUCAUCUCCAAGGGUGUGCCCCAGUUGUCAGCCUGCCUGUCAGAGGAACCUGAAGAUCAUAUUAAAGCUGCGGCUGCCUGGGCCCUAGGACAGGUCGGGAGACACACUCCGGAGCACGCGCGGGCCGUUGCUAUCACCGACGUGUUGCCAGUGCUGCUGGCUUUGUACAUGUCCACAGAGAGCUCCGAGGACCUGCAGGUGAAAAGUAAAAGGGCCAUCAAGAAUAUCAUACAAAAAUGCACCUACCUCCCAGCUCUCGAGCCGUUUCUCUAUGAUGCACCUCCCAAUAUCCUGAAGUAUGUGGCUGGACAGUUCAGCAAGGUGCUGCCUCACGACAGCAAAGCCCGCCGGCUUUUUGUAACGAGCGGUGGACUUAAAAAGAUCCAAGAGAUAAAGGCGGAACCUGGUUCCCUCCUCCAAGAAUACAUCAACAAUAUUAACAGCUGUUACCCAGAGGAGAUAGUAAGGUACUAUUCUCCUGGAUACUCAGAUACACUUCUGCAGAGGGUGGACAGCUACCAGCCGCUCACUAACUGAACAAAGUAUUUCUUUAAACUCGGAUUCUGCAUAACAACUGUUAAAGGAAGUAUUCCUUCCCUUUCUUCACUCUGAUGGCAAGCUCUCCAUUGUCUCCGAGAGGUCUUAUCAUGAUUCCCGUUCAAGGGAAAAUGGGUCUUCAGGAUUCCCUUGUCCCAGGUUCCCUUUCCCAACGUAUUUUCAGAAUUCACAGAAAUCACCUUAAAUUCAGGGAUAUAAGGUCUAAUUUGAGCAAAACAGCAGCAGGCUCAGGCUUAAUGCAUUUCAUUUAAGAAGCUGUAAUGGGGCCCCAGCAGAUUCCAAAAAAAAAAAAAAAAAGAAAAAAGAAAAAGAAAAAAAAAAACAUUAAAAAUAGCAUCGCUUUUUUUUUUUUUUUAAUUUUCCCUACUGUAUGGCCAAUGUACUUCUGGCCUUAGGAACUUGUGCUUGGAUUUAUUAGUCUUGGUCGUUAUGCCUAUGUUUUUGGGCCUAGUGGGACAGUUCUCUUUUUAAUUACUCUUACUUAUAUGUAUGAGUGUUUGUUCACAUGUAUGCCUGUGUAUUAUGUGCAUACCUGCUGCGGAUGGAGCCCAGAAGAGCACUUUCUUGGAGGCCCGAAGAACAGAGGAGGACAGGCUAUCCCAGGAAAUCCCCAAGCUACAGUGGGGCCAGUCCUAAAAACCUGGUUUCACGAUUCCUUCUCAAACUCCUGUAAUGUUUAGUUUCCUCAGAAUGAAAGUUUUCAUUACACGGGAUAUUUUUCUGGAUUUACCUCCAUAUUGCUUAUUUUUCUACCACCAAACAGAUUUAAAAACUUCUUCAGAACCAGCAACCAAUUUCUCAUCUCUUUUUCACUUCUGUCAAGCUGGAAUAUCUAGUGGUUUCCUGGUCAUGGUGGUAUGCUGGGGAUUGAACUCGUGGUCCUGCAUGGACAAUGACACCCCCACUCCUGAUUUCAUUUCCUAAUAUUUUCAUAGCCUAUUUUAUUCUUUGCACCAAUUUCCUAGACUCAUUGCAUAGUAAAACAUUAUUUUUAUUUUCAAUCUUUUAGCUUCUCUUUCUUUUUCUUGUCUCUCCACCAGUUUUUACUAUAAGCCAUUUAAGGAUUUGAGGACAUUAAAGCUUUCAUCUUUCUCUUUCCCUUUCUCUCUCUCUCUCUCUCUCUCUCUCUCUCUCUCUCUCUCUCUUUCUGUUUUUCAGGACAGAGUUUCUCUGUGUGGCCCUUUCUGUCCUGGAGCUCACUCUGUAGACCAGGCUGGGCUUGGACUCACAGGAAUCUGCUUGUCCCUGCAUCCCGAGUGCUAGAAUUAAAGGCGUGUGCCACCACUGUCUGACUUCGUCAUUCUUAAUUAGACUUUUCAUGUGUUGAAAAAGUCUCAGCACUGGGGAAGCUAUGGUGUCGGGAUUUCAAGUUUGUGACUAAUCUGUGUGACAGAGCAAGACCCUGUCUGAAACAAAAACAAACCAACAAAACCACAACAGCAGUUUUUCAGAUGACCAUGACGGCGGUAGCAAAAAUGAAUUUAGCUAGGUUAGAGUGGUGAAUCCCCUCACUUCUUCCUAUCACCGUUCUACUUUGUGGCUGACGUCUUCCCGUUAUAUGUCAUUUUAUCUUUAUCAGACCACUACAUUAAGAAUGAAAUAAUACUGUUCUGCUAGGUGCUUCUAAUUUGAUCAGAUGUGUUUAGGAAAUUUUAAGUUAUGUUUCUUUUUUGUUUGUUUGUUUUGUUUGAGGCAGGGUCUAUCUAUGUUGUAUCACUGACUGUCCUGGAACUCACAAUGUAGACCAAAUCCGAGAGGUCUGUUCACCUCUGCCUUCGAAGUACUGACUUUAAGGGGUAUGCCACCACACCCAGCUGUAUGAAAUGUUUCUUUACAAGACACUUUAAGCAACAUCAAACUUAAAUUUAAAUAUAGCAUUAAAAAUCCUUUUAUUUGUGUUAAAGCAAAAAUAAUGUCUGUUAUUGAUGAUAUUCUCUGGCAUUUUCACUCCUGAUUUAAGUUUUGUUGGUACCAAUUGUGCAGACUAACCCCUCUCUUGCUGUCCCCUGCAGUUUAUUCAAAUUUUAACUUUUUUUUUUUCAGAUUCCUCACAUUUGAGGGCUAUCCGCUGUUAGGGCUUCAGGAAUAGAGUUGGCCAGCUUGUUUUUGUAGCUGAAGCUACGCCGCCUGUGUGGGAAGAGAUGAAAUGAGUAGGACCUUUCUGGAAGGGAUAUUAAAGCCUGGGUUCUGGGCGCUAGUCUGUCAGGGAGGAAGGGUGAUAAUAAGCGUUCGUCUUCCUCUUAGGAUACUUAUGAAAACAACCUAUAACGAAGCAGGUAGCGUGUUGUAACUCUUCCAUUCUAUAUCAUUGCUAUGCUUCAGGGGAGAUCUGAGGGACAAAGUUGUACAUUUUGGCCAGCAGUUAUAUAGUGUCUCCCAGUCCUCAUUCUUAGGCAAGUGGGGUUUAAGUCCAGUGAUUUGUGAUAAAGCAAAGCUCCAUUUCCUGCCCUCAUGGAGUUUUCUAACACAAACACACACUUUCCCAGGUGGAGCAAAACAGCCACAAGACACUGAACACAAAGCAGUCAUAUUUAAUUCAGCAUGUGAAAAUGACUGACAAAUUCAUAUUCAUAGGACAUGGGUCUGAUUUUCUAACCCUUUCUUCUCAAACAAAACCUUCUCUUAAAGAAUGAAAGGUUUGCUUGUUGCUAGAAAUGUAGCCCUGCUUAACAUUAACUCUGUUUUCAAAACCCAAAGGCCAUCCCUAAGAAGUCAAGUUUAGAAACUGACCUUGAAAAGAUGAAGAAUUUUCUGUAACCAUCCCUUUAAAACAGGUGCUAGCAAAUGUUGGGGCUUAUUUGGUCAUCAAAUUUGUCAUUUAGAAAACUUAAUUUGUAGUUACUUUUUCAGAGAUUGACAGGACCAAGUGACAAGUCUAUAGCUCUCGUAUUUGCCAAUUGCUUCAAAGUCUUUUUGAGUUUUAAAAUUAGAUGUUAAUUAAAAAAACAUAAACACA